UCUCUCAUGCACUUAGAUAUGUGUGACCUUGCCUUGACAAGUAAUGGCAGUGAAUGCUUCUCAUCUACCCCACCUACUCCAUUAAUAACCUCUCUCUCCUCGUUAUCUUCUUUACUUAGCUGCCCUCUACUCAUCUGCAUCACUUUUCCCAGAGAACAUACUAGAGACAUGGAUAAAGGCGACAAACUAGGAGUUGGAGACAGCAACUCGCCCAUGGGGAUGAUAGGUUCCACCACAGAUGACCGUGAGGAACCAACAAGUCCCUUGCGCACGGUUGAGACUAUUCUCCGUCUCGUUCCAAUGGCUCUCUGUAUCUCAGCUCUCGUCCUCAUGCUCAAGAAUUCUCAGACCAACGACUACGGCUCUCUCUCUUACUCUGAUCUCGGCGCUUUCAGGUAUUUGGUGCAUGCCAAUGGCGUCUGUGCUGGUUAUUCCCUUCUGUCGGCUGUCAUCGUAGCCAUGCCUCGACCAUCCACCAUGUCCAAAGCCUGGACCUUCUUCUUCCUCGAUCAGGUGUUAACGUACAUAAUUCUGGCGGCGGCGGCGGUAUCGGUGGAGGUGAUUUACCUGGCGAGGAAGGGAGACACGGCCAUCACUUGGAGUGCAGCUUGUGUAUCGUUUGGAGGAUUCUGUCACAAAGCCACAACUUCUACAGUGAUUACAUUUGUUGUAGUAGCUUUCUAUAUACUGCUUUCACUCGUCUCCUCCUACAAACUUUUCAGUAAGUUUAGUGCACCAGCUGUGAGCUUCUCCGGCAAAGGCAUCGAGAUCUCCGGCUUCCAAGGCUAAUUAUAUAUGUUCAACCUUGUAACUUGUUCAAUUUCACCUCCGGCCACCACCAGCUGUGUGGCUGGAUCUACAUAUGGUCAAUAAUAAUUGUUGUUUUGCUUU